CUUUGACAUGGCGGACUGAAAAAAUCCCUUACGCACCAGUGUUACGCACUUUUAAUAAGAAGAUACACUUCUGUAUGUCUUUAUUCUGUGGCCUGGGCGAAUGGAGUACAAAAAGUGUUUUACAUUCAAAUUAAAUAAGCCAAAUUUUAAAAAGUGUCACUGUGAUAUGACAUAAAUAUGGAAGGUGAUAGUAUAAAGGUGACGGACAACUGGGGUAAAAAUCUAGUUUUGAAAAGUAGACGAUGUACAUUUGAGAGGGCAGAAAAAUUUAUCUCGAAAUUAUAUUUUAGUGAUAUAAAUCUUCAGAGCAGGUGAGUUUGACACGCGUCACACGUCCAAAAUUAUAAUUUUAUUACUAGCUAUUUGUCCUAUAGAUCCAGUAUAAUUUUAUUAGCUAUUUGUCCUAUCCGGCCUGAAUGCCCGAUACAAAGCGAUAGGGCAGUAAUUGCAAAUAAUUUGCAAUUUACUGUAAUAUAGGUUUUCAUCUGGUACAUGUAUUAAGUGAUGUGCUGGAUACUGUAGAUCACGUUAAAAAAUGACGUAUGUUAAUGUAUCGGUCAACUCCAGCAGUGUCCAUCCCCCCGGGCCACCCCCAGGCCUUCACAGCUUUUCCUAAUCCUUUCUGCCGAAAUCUUUCAGCCCGGGGUGGGGACUUCGACGUUUUCCAUCAUGGUGAUUGGUGGUCUAUAACAUGGCAGAUUUCGCUGGAAAAGAUACUGAAUUAGUUUGCAAAUGGCUUGAUACUCAUUGUUUGGGGUGGUCUUUCAGUACCAUUGUCAUUGUGAAAUAGUUUUUCUCCUUCAAUGGACAAUGAUCACUAUACAGAUGAUUCAAUUAAGGUUGGCCUUCCAAACCCUUAUGGGUUUUCACCUAUUAGGCCCUUAAACUCAGAACAUUGCCUUUGCAGCAAGUAUCUUUUUUGUCGUGAGUCUUCUAUAUGUCUUAGGUAUUCUUGAAAAGCCAAAUUUCAAAGUUUAUAUCUAAAUAAGCAAUAAUCCAUCAUCCAUCGCUUGCUCAGAGUUUACGGUUUAAAUUUUUGGAAGGACAACCUUAAUUGAAUUAGCUGUAAACAAUGAUAAAACCUGGCUUAAGUAAAGGCAAUAUUUUCAAAGGUUGACAUUAUUAUAUCAUAGGUCUAGCUAGAUGCGCUGGAGUUACAGUAUAGGGUUGAGAAUUAAAUACUGUAGCACUAAUAUAAAACAUUUUUAUUCUUGUUGUAGAACUUCUAUUUUGUACUUCGCAUUUAUAUUGUCCAUAGAAUUAUAACGUGCAAAAUAAUCAACAUGUACUAAACAGUCAAUAUUAUUGGUCGUGGGUGCAGGGAUUACAUAGACCCAAUUUAUUUGCCCAGGGGUAAAUGUAAUUCCUUGGUGGGGAUGAGCACUGCUGGAAUUGACUGAUACAUAACUCAUUGAGUGCCACAGCUCUCCCCUUGGUGAUCCAGAAUCCAGAUACCAUCAUGUUUGGCAAAAUUUUGCCUAAGUAUUAUGCUUUACAGAGCCUGAAAUAAUUUUAAAAUUUGUCCGGAAAAACUUCCGAUCAAAACGAAAUUUGACCGGAAAUUUGCAAAAUUGACCGGAAUUUUUUUUAGUUUAGUUUGACAAAGUCCACUCCCCCCCCCCCAAUGAACAAACUCUGUCAAGCAUGCAGACGUGCACUGAGUAAAUCACUCUACUUGCAAUUGUGUAAGGUAAUUGUAACUGUAGCGAAAAUUCAAAAUGGUCGUGAGCCGACGGGUGUUUUAAACAGGGGCGGCGGAACGGAUUUCAGUUUGGGGGGGCUAAAUUUUUUUUCCGUGACCUCCCCCCCCCCGUCGCCAAAAAAAUUUCGGUCAGUGUACCAUUUUAGGGGUAGAAAAAUUUUUCCCGGACAUAUACAAGAAAAGGGAUAAAAAAAAUUUUCCGGACCUAUAACAAAAAAUUUCCGGGCAUACACGAUUUUUACACAAAAUAUCCCAAAUUUUUCCCCUUAUACCUAAAUUUUCCAAAAAUAACCUACAUUUUUCCUUAAUUAUCAAAAUUUUUCCAGAGAAAACUAAAUUUUCUGGGGGGGGCUUAACCCCCCACUUUUACUUCUGGGGGGCUUUAGCCCCCCUAGCCCCCCCUGUUCCGCCGCCACUGGUUUUAAAUUGAUUGACGGGUGAUUUAAAUUGCAAAUUAUUAAGACUCACCUCACAUUUUCACGACAACACCACGCUGUAAGCCACCUUCUUGUCUAUUGAGCCUGUGAACCAGCCUAGUUCCUGGCCUUCUCGCUUCCGCCUCAUUAUUUUAGGGGGAAAUUGAUAAGGUUUGCAGGUUGACCGUGAUAAAGCUGUAUUAUUUGGAGACUGGGGAAACUGACAGCCCGCAAGUUCACGACAGCCUGUGCCUCACCCGCGCUUGGAAGGCCAGGGACUAGGCUGCCCGUGAACUAUACUUUCCAGUUGAUUACUUUAUAUUAGCCUAAUAUAGAUAAUCCAAACUUACAGAUGGUACUCACUGUGCUGAGCGCCGACCCGAUCAUUAAGAAAACAUUUUUCUUUUUCUCAAAAUUUGGCCGGACAAAAUUUCCGAUCAUUUCAGCAUUUGGUCGGAAAAAUCGGAAUUUGGUCGGAAAACCGCCGGCCACCGGCCGUUAUUUCAGGCUCUGCUUUAUGAAGAGAUAAGCACCCUGACUGGAAAUUACAGAAAGCGUCAAAAUUGAGUGCCUGAUAUCUCAGUUGCACAAUACAAUCUAAAACUUUCCACACUGGAAUAGAUAAUCAUUAAUUAAAACAAUAGUACACUAUGGGAGGAAAUAGUGAAGUAUAAUGUCCAAGUACUACCAUUAUUAUCAAGUAUCUGGUUAUUAUCUGGUGUCCGGUAGACUACUAUCUGGUACCAUCCGUAUACAGUACUGUGCAGAAAUUUUAGGUACCUUAAUUAAUUUAAAAUAUUCAUUUUCUGGCCAUUUUGACAUAAACACCAUGUGACAAAUAAAGCACACCAUUGAUUUGUGAUGUUCUUACCAGCACUCUUCUGUUGAUUGUCUGGUGUUAGACAGAGUAAAAUAAUAAGUAGGCCCAUUUGGAUAUAUAAUGCAAGUUAAUGGGUUAAAAAUCCAGGGGCGCCAGAAGGAAGCAAUGUGAAGGGGCGGGGGCAGCCAUUUCAAAAGGGCACUUGCUUCUCAGCCAUCAUUUUUCUGGGCGGCAAUAUUUGUUAAAACUUUAUUGUAUGGAUACUUGAUUAUACUUGUGGCUAUUAUGGAUCAGCAAACUUCUACAUUAAUUUGAACAAUUUUAUUCAUUGCAUCGUGCUAAACAGGGUUUUCGAAAUAACAUUCUGAAAAUAUGUCAAAUGUUAUAGGCUGUUUUUGUAGGUGAAAUUUUUGCCGGCUGUUUUCCAAGCAAAGUUUAGUUAUUUUCUGGAGUGGGCAUGGCCAAAUAAUGGUGAUGUAAACCAACACAACAUUUGUAAGAACACAGCAAUACAUUUUAUUUGGGGUAGGAACAAACAGUAACAAGAUCUGUGUGAAUCAGUUCAAUUAAAUUAACAAUAAGAAAAAUAGAAUAUUGUUGUUUUUAUAGCUUAAUAGAACCGAACUUAAACUUUUUGUAGGGAAGUUAAACAAUCUAUAAAUAUUAAUAAAUUUAUAAAUACGUCUUAAACGACUAAAAAUCUGUCACUCAUGUUUACAAAAUCUGGUGCUCAGUGCAUUUUGGAUUCUUCUCACUAUAGACACUACAGUACUAUAGUUUAUAGUUGGAAUCACCAGUCACGGUCACUCAGUCACUGCUUCUCAUUCCGCCCAGGAGAGGGUCUUCACUCCCACUGAGCAGAGGUAACUAGUGGGAUUUCUUGACCGGUUCUGGGGCAUCUUCCUUGAUACAUCAGCUUCCAUCUCCUCUUCAUUUUCCUCACUCUCCGAUUCCUCUUUGCCCUCAGCUCCAAUGUCUUUCAACCAGUCUCUUAGGAAUUCUUCCCUCCCUGUCUCUCUUGUCCUCUUUGAUGCGUUUCCUCUUGCAGCAUGCUGCUUUCGUUUCCCUUGGGUGUUCCUCCGUGAUUUAUCACUACUCCAGAGGUCCACAAGGUCACCAAAACGCUCACAGAAAACGUACAGGGUUGAACGUGUUACUUUAUUGCGCAUUAAAUCAGUCAAGUUGCGUUCGUUCAACUUGUUGCGCCAGCCAGGUUUGACUACACGCAAAUUUGAGAUGAAUGACUCGCAGACUGCAUUCCCGUACGGGCAGCAGAGACACAGCUCGAUUAGUGCCCACAGUCCCCAUGCUUCCUCCAGCUUUAUCUUCCAGAGCAUUGGCCACAGAUCCAUGGAGUCGAUAACAGCUUCGUAAAAGCAUGCGGUUGCCGAUCCCCUAUGCUUUGAAAUUAAAAAUUGCCGGCCGGCGGCUAUUUCGAACCCUGCUAAAGGUGCAAAAUAAAAUCAGUAAACGGACGCAUAUUGCUUGAUUUAGUAUUAAUUUUACUGCAAUUGGUUAAAAAUUAAGCAAAGAUUGCUUAAACAUUGUUCAAACACUCAUUAAUAAUUCAUAAGCUUAUUGGCAAAUCAUGUCAACCAUAAUAUGUCACGUGCAGUGGCUUUAAACCUGAUAAAACACUCCUAAUUAGUAUUCUUUAUAUAAAGGAUACUAAUGAUGCAGUAUCUAUUGAAUUCGUGUCCUCAUUAGUAUUCUUUAUAUAAAGAAUAAACCCUCCUGCUCGUUUAUUAAACAGUACUUUAAAAAUACUUAUAAAUUCCAAUUCCUGUGAAUAACUCACGAAUUUCGAAGUGCAGUUCCGGUAAAAAGGGCAAUGGUAAAAAGGGCAACCUGUUGCCCCCGUGCUGAUCCUGCACUGUUUGGGCAAUGGGGGAAGUUGCCCUCGCUGCUCCUGUGGCUCCGGUGCCCCUGUAAAGAUCACCUUGAGUUAAGCAACCAUUGUGAUGUCUAACUGUUAACUAAAUGUAGAUACAGUACAUGCUAACUAAUAAAUAUCAAUUAAAGAACUCUAAGAGUUAGUUUAAGCCACUGGUCUUUGCAAUUACAAAAUUUGGUCACUCUUUUUACAGCACCAGCUGUGGCCGGUGCAUUAAUUUACAUGUAUUAUGCGGUGUUUGUCCACCAAUUUAAACAUUGAACAAAAUGAUAUGCAUUGAGAAGUCUUUUUUUAAUUUUGUAUAAAAUUUAAUAAUUAUGGUACUUAGACUUUAUUCCAAAACAUGUCCUGUGUUGGAAUUGCUGCAUUGUUCUGUGGAUGGUCGUGUAAAAUAUGAAGAUGCUAUGCAGUGUCAGUUUUCACCUGCAAAAGUUGGGGACAAAUUUGGACCUAGGUAAAUGCAUUUAAUAAAUAAAUAAAUUAAUUAUAACCAUUUCCCCAGUUCACAUUCUUUAAUACCCUACCACAAUAUUGCUGACCACUUAAUACUUAAUAACUAUAUACCCCAACAUUUUAGCUGACAGUGUACAUCCAUAGCAGGCAAAUGUAUUUAACUUAAUCUAUAAUUGUAACACUGACAAUAAUUCAUUGUUUAUUAUUUUGUUUCCAUUUUGGUCAUCACCAGCUACAAAACCUGCCACAUUAACAAUUUUAUUAUUUUUAACUAAUUCUGAUGCAAAAAUCAGCCUGGAGAUCUCCAUGUUAAAGUGCCAAAUUUUCCACUGACACUGUGGUCGUUAAUCUUCACUGCCAUAUCAGUUUCACCCUCACCCUAUAAGUGGGAUAUCACCAGAUGACAAAUUAGCAAUUAUUCUGAUGGCGAAGUGCUUAUCGGUGAAUAACACAUAAUAUAUAUAUUAAUGUACAUUUUUUAACAAGAAACCCAACAAAAUAAUGAUCUAAAUAUCGGUUUAAGAAUUCAGAAUUAAUAAAUUAAAUUGUUUUAUUCACUUAUUUUUAGUUGGAGUACACAUUGGUUUAAAAUAACAGCUCAGAUUCCUGAAGACUGGAGGGAUGAGGAAGUGCAUUUUAGAUGGAACUCAAAUUCGGAAGCAAUGGUAAGAAUUUGGUUGUUCUUGUUAUUCUGGAAGAUGCUGGGCCCGGAAAUUCCAGCAUUUCAAGUAAUGGUCAUUCUUCUAAUAUUCUACUGUUAAGUAGUUGCUAUUGAUUCCAGUGUGGUAUUUAUUUUUUCCUUUUUAAUUUCUUUUUAAGGUUUGGAAAGAUGGUAAAGCACUACAGGUAGGUGAGAUGAAGUAUUUGCAUGAUUAUUUUUAUUAAUAGAUUUCCAUUUUAAAACCAUCUUUCACAAUUGGUAAUUACAAAUACGACCGUAUACUACUGGACCAGGAACUAAUUGUCAUCAUGGUUUUCAGCUUACUAAUACCACAUCCAAUUUAAGAGGCCCACGAAGGGGUUAUAACCGACAGGCGACAUUCCUUAAAAAGAGGCGACAGACUAUCUAAAAAGGAGCGACAAACGACAGCUCCUUUUGGCACAUUUUCCAAAUAUCACUCGUAGACUAUAACCGUGUGACUAUACAAAUUGAAAACAAUGUUUCUUUCCAGGGAUUAUCUGGCUCAGAACGUACAGAUUUUGUCCUGACGGAGCAAUCAGUACCAAAUGAAAGGUACUGUAAUGUGGUACACACAGAAAAAUUUUAUAAAAUCAAGUCACAUAAAUAAAGUCACAUAAAAUUUGGUUGUACUGAUUCCAAUGCUGUCAACAUACGGCGGGCCAUGACCUCGGUUGUUCGUCUUUGAAUAGCUGGGGCAGGUUUUACGAAGCCUGCAUAGCCCUAUCCACUGGAUAGUGAUUUUUUCAAACUUUUUAAAAUUGGUCGCCAAUUGAUUAAUGGAAGUUAAAUUAAAAAUAAAAUAGUAUGCAAUGACAAACGGCGAAACGAUGAUAUAUACUAUCAUAUAUAGAAGUUGUAUAAAAACUCGUGUUCAUUUACAUAACCGUUAGCUUUGAUUUUCUCGGCUUAGACAACGUUUAUUUUUAGAAUUACUUUGUCAAUGGCCUCAUCGGGAGUGUGGGGGCGUGGGGGGAGUCGUUAAUUAAAGCCGGUUCAUGCUUUAUCAGAUAUAAAACACUCCAGCUGCACUCUCGUGUUUUAUAUCUGAUAAAGCACUCUUGCUCGUGUUGUAAAUGGUACUUAUUCGUCUAAAAUGUUUCGUUACAUCUGAAGCUUCAUGUUUAGAAGAGAUAUAAGCAUGCGCAUUUUAGGCUUAACACUGUAUUCUCACUUUCAUUUCAGCUUUACGCUUUAUAUUGAAAUGGCCUGCAAUGGUUUGUUUGGUGUUGGAGAGGGUACAAUGAUCAGUCCUCCAUCAUCAACCCGGUAUUUUGAUUUAUCAAUGGUUGAGAUUGCUGUUUUUGAUCAAGACUGUUAUCAACUUAUAUUGGAUCUGACAAUGCUUAUUGGAAUGGCACAAGUGAGUACACGUUAAAGGAUAUGGUCAUUGUUUCGGAAACAUGUAAUACGUGCAGUAAGUGUUUGCAAGUGGGUUGUAGCAACUUGACUGAAUAUACUUUGGUGUUUUUGUUUAUCACCUUGUUUUUCAGCAUCUUCCAGAAGACAACUUGCGUGGUUCACAAGCUCUUUUCGUUGCUAAUGAUAUUGUUAACAUGUGCGAAGUCACUAAAUCUGAAACGUUCAAACGGUAAAUUACUCCUGUAAAUACCAUUCAUUUAACUUAAACAGUCUUCUGAGAUGCUUUACUGCGCGAUAGUCUUUGGGAAUGGAACAAAAUCCAGGAUGGGCUCAUCGACCCUAAGGGGAUUUUACGCACCUGCGUAUCGCGUUGAAUGCUUACCAAAACUGCCGUAAAUUAAGGGUGAUUGCUAGAAAGUAUACUUCAAAAUAAGGUUUCCGUUUUUAUAACGUAGAAAAAACCAUCCUAACGCAAAACUAAACCCUAACCCUAAUCCUAACCACAAUCCUAACCUAACCCUAACUUAUUUAAAAAAUUGAUAUAAAAACGGAAACCUUAUUUUGAAGUAAAGGCCUACUAUCUAGCAAUUGCCGUAAAUUAAAGCAGUUGCCAUAACACAUGGCGCUUUUACCUUGUAUCACCAGACACCAAGGUUUUGGGGUUCCAGAAUAUUACAAACCAUGCAAUGCAUGUGUACAGUGUACGGCCCUGGUAGCGAAGGGGCUAUUCUCCAUCAAUCUAACCUAGCUAUACCUUACUUCAGGCAAUGUUGACCACACUGUAAAUUGAAGAUCAAAUGUACAUCUACUGUAUGAACCUGUCUUCCUAUGUAUCAGUUUUUUUGUUUUCUUUCAUUUAUAAAAAGCUGUCACGAACAUGCUGAGAAGUUUCUAAAACAAAAGAAUGGUGAAAGUCAGCACGUAAUUCAUGCCAUGGGACAUUGUCAUAUUGACACAGGUAUUGAAAAUAACAUAUUAAGCGCCUGUUCAUAUGGGGAAAAGUUAUCCCGGUUAGCGAGAAAACAUUUCGACUAGCCAAAUAAUUUUGUUCUGUUCAUAUGGAGAAACGUUAUCCCGCUUACCAACGUUAUCCCGCUUACCGGCUGUGACGUAGCACUGGUGUGACGCGAUAUUGAAAAGUUGCUGACACGACAGAAAGUUUUCCCGCUAAGCGGGAAAGUUGUGCAUAUGUUGUGUUCAUGUGGGACAAACAUUUUCCCGUGUACCGAGAUCUCGCCUGUCAACAAGCGCGAUCUUGGUACAUGGGAAAACUUUUCGUCUCAUGUGAACGCAGUGUGACUUUUCAUAUUAUGUUCAUAACAGGGCGAGAUCUCGCUUGUAAACUUGUCGAAAUGUUUUCUCGCUAACCGGGAUAACUUUUUCCCAUACGAACAGGCCUUAACUCAGGUAUUUAUCGUACCCAGUCGUAUAACUAUUCGCCCCGCUGGUUUUCGUGUCUCGGUGCCGCACGUGUUGAAGCGCUUGAGUAUUGUCCCAUAUGCAAUGUCAGGUAGUCCAGUACCAGUGGAUCGGACCAUAGUUAAUAUAAUGAGAGGGUUUGGAAGGCCGGGUCACGUGACAAAAUAACUUAUUGUUCUCGGUCACGUGGAACUCAGAGUGCAUGCUUUGAGUUGUUAACUAGCCCGCGUGCAGGCCCAAGGGAGCAGGCUGAAGGGAACUUGAUAGUGGGCCUGCAAGCAAGGCCCGGUAUUUUGUAAAACGCCCCUUUUCAUAACACGCCCCAUUCGCGCGUCAAUUGUCAAAAAAGAACCAAUGACAGCAACCCAAAUAUUAACAAACAAACUCGCAUUAAAACGUUGCGGGGUUUUCUCUGCUUUAAUAUUCAAAAUAGAAACAAUGUGUAUUAAAUGCCUGUGUUAAAACUAAAAAAAAACAAGCAACGCAGUCAGUAAUUGCCAAAUUUACAAGUGCUCAUUUUCAACUAAAAUCGGAACAGGCAAAUUAAGACGAAUUUCAACAGAAAACCAGUCUCAAACUUCAAAUCGUGAGAGAAGUCGUGCGACCACAUCAACAUUUAUAAUGUUGCUUCGCUGUCGCCAUUGUUAUAAAUAAAUUGUCUCACUUAUCAGAUCGUGUGUGCAAUUCUUGUUGGCGGCGGAAAGUACGAAAUUUAUUUCAGUUAUUUCAUUUGGUGAGAACUCUACAAAAGAAGAGAGCGUUCAGAGUCCAGAUUGUUUCGUUUCAAACGGCAAUUUAAUACCGUCUUCUCUUUUGCUCUCUCAGCGAAGCCUUGUAAAUCGCAAAGUAUUUUGAAUAGGCUUACAUCACAUGCAACUGCAUCUCAACAUCAACCAAAAGAUAAUUUUCUUGAGGAACAUAUAACGUAUCAAGUCUGUUUGAAAUUAAUGAAACUCAAUUAAAGGUUACUAUAGUUUUACCCCAUUCGUAAUAAAUGUUGCUAUUCCAACACCUCACGACAAGCAAUCCUCAUUGGCAUAACGGCAAAAACAUUUCUUCCUUCAAGUAAACAAUAAACAGUCUGUUCUUGUUCCAUUUGUAAUCGAAAAAAGUGAUCAAUUUUCGAAUUUUAAGCUUAUCGAGAGCCUUUGUCUAUGCCUUUGUGAUGAAUCACUGACCUAAUUAUAGAAUCCAACAGCAAACAGCCAAUCAGAAUGCCGCGUUCGUGGGCGAACGCGGAAAGUACAAAAUACCGGGCCUUGCUUGCAGGCCCACUAUCAAGUUCCCUUCAGCCUGCUCCCUUGGGCCUGCACGCGGGCUAGGUGUUAACAUAUACGAUAGUAUAAUAGUUUAAGCCAAACAGAGCCUAAAAACAUUAAAUUUCAUUGAUUUUUCGGCGAUGCCGGGAGCGAAUUGCUUCAUAUUGGCUGCGGUACAUGUCGAAAUAAUGUUGGAGUUGGAAUUUUCCGGAUUCCUUCAGGAAAAGACGCAUUAUCAACGAAAACUUGUGAAGCGUGUAUCAACAAUAUUACAAAGGACCGCGUAGUGGAUGAACAUUUGCGAAGGAAAAUAAAAAAAUGGGACGUUGUAUGUUUGCGAGAGGCACUUCAAGAAAGAGGAAUAUGAAAUGUACUUAUAUAGACUAUAAAAUAUAGUUUAAUAAUAAGAAUUUACAGUGUAAGUCGCAGGCUUUUUACACUUUGUUUAUGCUGUCCCCAGAGCCCAUCGUUGUGUGGUACGAGAUUGGCUGAUUUUAUGGGUAAUUUUCAACUGAUAAAUAGGAAUGUGCCAAUUAGUUAACUUAAGAAAGACAUGAGUGUUCUUACUGUGUACAGUAUGUAUCUAUUUAUUUUCUGAACAUUCAUAACUUAGAAGUUCAUUUUUAUCUAUCAAAAGUAGGUGGAGCAAAAAUUGCUGCAAUAGUGUUAUUAAUUCCACAGUCAUGUUAGAAAUGCAUUGUAAUUUGUAUUAUGCUCAAAUCAUACACUACACAAUGUAUGUUUAAUUAAGCCACAAUGCUUCUACUUUAUCCUUUUAACAUUUGUCUGAUGCCAUAUGAUUUUAACUCUUUAAGCUGCAAUGCUUAAUCUGCACUGCCCUUGAUGUGUAAAAUUGUCUGAUGAUAGACACUAACAGAGUAAAGGAAUAAGAGCACAUUGAGAUAUGUUAGCCUUAAUGAGCUAUUAAACUAUUAGCUUAUUUAAACUGCAUGACCAAAAUUGGCUGAAUAUUACAUAAAUGAGAGAAAGUAGUUUAAGCUGCGUGUAUAUUUUAUAUAAUAUAUUGUUGUUAUUACUACUGUAUGUGUUGAUGAAAAGAUUACACAUAAAAUUAUGAGGAUAAUUCAUUGAUACAGUAUCAUAUUCACAUUUACGAUCAUUGAUAUAACGUUACUGUACUAUGUACCUGACUAUUUCAAUCUUCAAGUGUUUUCAUAAAGCUUUCUUUUUCUGUGUACCCGGACUUAUCUUAUAUUUUUUUCUUGUAUCUACAAUCAGAUCCUUAGCAAAGGAAAACAUCUUACAGUUACAAAUAAUUUGACUGAACAUUCUUUGUUAACAAAAGAUUGACAUUCCAGUGAUGUUUCUACAUCACAGUUUUAACAAUGUUGCACCACAAGUUUGCCACAAGAGGGGAAGUUACUAGCUAGGAUACUGAUAAACUGUGUCCUUGAUAGACAGUGUCUACUGAUAGACAGUGACCUUGUCUUUAUUUGAUGUGUGUUUUUAAAUACUUCAUCCAUGUCCAUCUCGACAAGCAGAGUUGUUUACUCGAAAUCGUCCUCAAAAGGUGAACAAGAGCUUUCUAAACGCUCAGUAUCAAUUUCCUCAUCUAUUUCUAUGUUUCCAAACCUAAAACGUGCGUUUUUAACAACCUUUUCCAGCGGCUUUAGCAGUGUGACUUCGCUUCACUUGAAAUACGAUAGUUCGCAAGUUCCCGGCACCCCGUCGAUACUAUACACAGCGUCAGCAAUUUGGCUUAUCACACAUAAAAACAUCUCAAAAGCUGCCAUUUACGAUGGAGAUUUACGAUAUAAAACCUCGUAUUUUACCCAAACCUCGUAUAACGAGCAAAAAUUAAAGAUUUCUAAGUUGUCAAUAGGGAAUUGUAUUAUAGAAUCACGCCAUGAUGCACCUUAACUGUCACGUGAUGCCUUCUAUCAAGUUCAGCUCACGAAAGGAGGCGUGAUCCUUUGAAGUUUGCCGGCCUUCCAAACCCUCUCAUUAUAUUAACUAUGAUCGGACGAUCCAUCGAUUUUCUGAUUUUUAGGAAAGGUACAGUGUACAGAAGAUAGAAGGUCUACUCAAUCACUUUUCAAUAACUGUAUACUGUACUGUACGUGCGUAUUAAAUGUACUGUUCGUAUUAGGUAUAGAUGUAGUUUAUUGUGUACUUACGUCACUUUAACAGGUUAUUAACGCGUUUCAUUGGCUUGUGAAUGAUUUUGACGAAUUUAAAACCAAUAUAUAAGUCACAGUUAAUUAAUUGAGCGACCAUCAUAAUUGUAAUUGCUGAUAUGCAAAUUUUAUGAUUUUUUUAAUUGCAUGGUGAUUCAAAAUAGACCUUUCCGGUAAUUACGUCACUACUACACUGUUUUCAACUUAGAACCACCUUAAAUGGAAUGGAUUUUAAGUUUGUUUCUCGCGUGCUAUGGUAAGAGGAGCAGAACAUCGUUCUUCAACACAUGCAUAAAAAAGAUUUUGGAUUUUGAUUAUUAAAUGUGGAAGCUGUGAAGAGUUUGAUUAUUAAAUGUAAGCUUAAACACGAAAACGAGGCUAAGGGGCCAGGCCCCUUAUUUCCACAUUUUAAUAAUAGUCAAAAUUCAUAAUUCUUUUUUAUGCAUGUGUUGACGAAGGAUGUUGCGCUUCUCUCUUUCUCUGACCAUGGCUCCUGAAACACAAACUUAAUUUAAAAUCCAUUCCAUUUUAGGUGGUCCUAAGUUGAAAACAGUGUUAGUAGUGACGUAAUUACCGGAAAGGUCUAUUCCAUCAAUCCAACAUGUUUUCCCUCGCAGGAAAUGUAAGCUAGACAAGAAAUCAGAUAUUUUGUUAUGAUAAAAUAUAGGUACGCUAAGCAGAGAUGUAUCUGCGCAAAGGGAUCUUAGUUGUUGCUGUGAAAAACGGCAUUUACAUUUUGCUAUUUGAACAUAGAAAGGCACGAUUUUCUAGAAUCAUCACUUAGUUAGAGAUAAUACACGGUACAUUAGUUGUUAAAAGCAAAGAUAAUACACAUCUGAAACAAUUAAAAAUUGGGUAGUAAUAAGAAAAUUAAUGCAUCAAUUUAGCGAGUCCAAAUUCACGGGAAAAUGUCUUUCAAUUCUUACAACCUUAAUGUGGGACUUUGUUACAUAAUGUUGACAGAAAUAAUUGGAAAGACUGUUGCACCAUUAGGUGUGGUUGAAUUUCGGCUACAUUGUAUAUUAUUUAUAUAUUUUAUUGUUUCUAUACAUGUUUAUUUGUUCACCUUGGGAUAUCUGAUCACAGUCUGAUUUUUAGUGUGAAGUUUCUUCGUGAUGACUGGGGGGAAAUUCAAACGAGUCAGUCAGUCAUUCAGUCAGUCAUACAGUAAAUUUUCCGGGGUGGUGGGUGUGUGGGGGGUAUGGGUGGGGGGGGGUAUGGGGGGUGUACGAUUUAUGUUUGUAGUGAUUUAUUGUACUUAGUCAGUGCUUUGAAGGUUAUUUAGGCAAAUUCAGUUGUUUUAUUUAAAUAUUCUUUUAUCCUUUUGCCAAGUUCACAAAAAUUUAGAGGAAUUGUUUUCGUUAAUGUAAUUUUUUGUAAAUUUUAUAACAUUCGCUUCUCAUGUUGUAUAAAGGAUCUUUACCCCGGGACACCCGAUUCUUUGUUUACCAGCCCAAUUGCAUGCGCUAUCAAGUCAUCUGUGUCACGAUGGCGUGACGAAUGACGAUAUGCUAGGAAGGAGCGACAGUGUUGUUUUCAAAUGUAUAUAUAAACAUUUCAGACAUGAAUAUUGAGUAAAUCUUUCAGAAUCUACGCAAUAUAUAAAUUGAUGUUAUGCAUUACGGGCAUGCAAUUAAGUGCCGAUAUUAUUUAGACGGUAUAUUCAUUAUACAAACCUAGGAAGGAGCUAUAUAGACAGUGCUUUUUUUCAAGUGUAUAAACAUUUCAGUCUUCAGACGUAAAUAUUGAGUCGAAAAUCUUUGAGAUUCUAGGCAUUCGAUUGAGUGCUGAUAUUAUUUUCACGGUUUACUCAUUAUGCAGAGGUAAGAAGGAGCGAGACGGUGUUGUUUUCAAAUAUAUAAACAUUUCAGACAUGCAUAUAAACAUUUCAGACAUGAAUAUUGUCAUUGAGGAAAUCUUUGAGAUUCUACGCAAUAUGUAAAUCGAUGUUUAUAUAUAAUUCCUUUUCUAUUAUUCUUUGCUUCCUUGUUUUUGUAUAUAGUUUAACUUGUAUAUAUAGUUUAAUGUGUAUAUUCCUUAAUUUAUAAGUAGUUAUUGUGUGACGCCCCUCAUGAAAAGCGGCUCACGUUGAUCGAGGCUAGCGUGUUUAAAUAAAGUUUUACCAUACCAUACCAUACCAUACCAUACCGUACCAUACCAUACCCACUUAGUCCUCGUAGUCUGCACUGUCUUGGUCACAAACGUUUUGGGGAAAAAUUGCCAAGCUGCGUCGUGACCCCCGGAAUCACAGGGCCACAGGUUCGAUUCCUGUCAGAGGGCCUAUAUUGGUUAGGUUCCACUCGAAAUUUCCAUUGCAAAAAUCCUUCAAUUCAUUGUUUUAUGGAGCGAGAUGCCAAAAAAAACUCGAUAUUUAACCAAACUAUGUUUUCCUAUAGUAAUUAAAUAUCAAAAGCAAACCAUGCAGGUAUGACGUGAUGUUGACAAUGGAAAAAUCAAACGAUGACCAUGCACUAUUUUCCCAUUCAUCCAAGUAGUGUUGAGAAUACAAAUGGCGGACACUAUAGGGAGGGGCAACCGCGCAUCCCGAUAAUUUCUGAAAACCUUUGAUUGUCAGCUGAAUAACUGUGUAAGCUGUGACAAUUAUUUUUCGACCAUGAGGGCAUUGGUAGGCAAUAGAUUAAGCUAUAUAUUGCAUGGAAUUUAAGGUAAAAUGCUUAAAGAACUAAAAAUGGUGGCAACUUAAAUUCGCCCCCUUCCCAAUAUUUUGCGAAGUGUCCGCGACUGGUUUAUGAGUGCAACCAUGAUUACAUUAUCGUCAAAUUUUAGUAUGUUAGGUAUUUUGCGAAAAUUGCUUGUUUUUCACCUUAAUUUUCACAUAUUUUCAGGUUGUGCCAACAAAAUAGGUUAGAAGAUGUGCUUUUCUUUCUAGAAAAAAAUACUGCAUUUUGGCAAAUUUUGCGUGCAAGUAUAAUUUGUAUACGAAAAAGGCGACUCAGAAAAUGAGCAUCAGAAUAACAUUUUGCCCUGUAUAAUUUUUCUAUAGUAGUUUUAAAAUAUUAUUUUUAGGUAAAAAACAGAUAAAAAUAGCAAUCAGAUUUUUCUAAUGACCUCGCUCGUUCAAAAUUCUAUAAACACGAAUUUUGUCAAAUUUCCUCUUCUGUUUUGUUUUCCACUGAAAUAAUCGAUAUUAAUAGUUUACAUUGUAAAAAUUAUGGCAAAGUGGAAACUCAAAGUACCACUGCAUUUUUGUGGUGAUUUGUGGCCCUAAACAGCCGCUGCAAAAUAGUCUUUUGAAGGCUUCGUUCAUGCUGUUUAUGUUUUAAAUCAAGCAAGUGGAAGCACGCAUAUCUUCUUUUCCCGCUGAGAACCCGAGCAGUUUUCGCGCAUGCAUGCUCAGACAAUUUUCCUACCUGUUCAUAUUAGCUAGAAUUUGUUAUUACAUAUGCGCAAUGCAAAACUGAUGAACAAAAAGCUUGCGAGAAAUAUGAUAUCAAACGCGCAAUUUUCAGUUAGCAAAUAUGAAAGUUACAGUUUAUAAUUCCUUGGAUUUACCCGCAUCAGUAUGUGUUUUGACGUUAUUAUAUCCCGAUGGGUUGUCACAAUCAUUAUUGUAUUAUAAAUAAUAACUUCAAAUUGUCCCUUUGUGAACAUUGGUGCAUUACUGAUACAGUCUUACACGAUCUAAAAAUAUUGCUCGUGAGACGUGACUAGGACACGCUGGCUGCAUCUUCAUUCUUAAUCAUCGAAAAUUUUCGCACAGCCUGCAUUAUUCACGUGUAUGUUUCGCAUACAUAGCAUGACAGAAUCGAUAUCAUGAUUUUGGUGGCAUCUCACUCGAUUGAAUAAUAGUUGAAGGGUCUGCAUGCAGUGGAAAUUUAUAUACAUUGAUAGAUAGAUAGAAUCCGUUUAUUGAAAUCAUCUAGAGCUGAAUUACAUGCAUGAUUUAUAUACAAAGCAUUUUUAUAACUAUUUACAAAAUUAUUAAACAUUUUAUAAAAUUAUCUCUAAGCUAUUAGUACGUACGGCAUACAGUCAACUAUGGAACGCUUUGCCUAUACAACCACCAAUAGUGCGCAUGAUUAUAGUACCCGAUUGGCUUUAAAAUCUACUUUCUAUCUUCGAAAAAUAAGAACUAAUUUUGGUAAAUUUAAUAUUACUAUAUUAGAUAUUUUGGACCGAAAGUCUGGAAUGAAAUUGAAGAUUCCUUAAAGACUUUUAAUUUUUCUCGAUUUGAGAGAAAGUUAAAGGUCUGGAGUCCUAUUUCAAAUUGUAUGAAAUAACUUGAUCUACAUCGUUUUUUUUUUGUUUUUCUUGUUUUUUGUUUUUCAUCGUUUUUGGUUUUUCAAUACUUGCAUGCUUUCCUAAUUAUUAAAUUAUUAUGGUAACAUUAAUUUUCGUAACUUUGUAUAUAUUAGUCACUAGUUCUUAUAUAUUUUUGGGGAUCUUAUCAAAGGGCUAGAUUCUCCAGCAAGGACCUUGAUACUUUUCUUUAUUAUAUUAUUAUUAGUUCAUAUAUCUUAAAUUUGAUGUAUUAAGGUAGCUACCUUUAAUUUUAAUAUCUUUUGUAUAAUCAUAUUCAAUUUUAUCAGUGUUAUUGUUACUAUAGUUUGCUAUUGCGCUUUCUUCUGGUUCUGUAUAACGUUAAUCGGCAUUUGAUUCAAGGCUGUUUUUGUACCUCGGUCAGCAGAUAUGAUGCUACGAUGUGAGUAUAUAGAACUGUGUUGGUGUGUUUGUCAGCUUCUAGCCAGUUUGUGAUCUAGCUUAAAAUGACGCAUCUCUGCAUGUGUAUACUGAUCACGUAGAAUUGGGAUGAUUAUUUUGAGAUGACAUGCAUGCAGAAUACCGAAAAGUUAGAAUGCAAAAUAUGCAUGGCCUGCUUUUAUAAUUAGUUACGCUAAAUAUACAUCAAAGAAACAACAUUUUCAAUUUUUGUAAAAAUUCUUGAAUAUGGCGAAACAUUCAUACAUAUAUUUGAAUAUAUGUAUGAAUGUUUCAUAUUCUGGUUACAAAAUUUUGAAUUUUGGCGAAAAGUCUACCUUAAAUUCCUUCAAAGCAAAGCAUUUUAAUCACAUGCACAUCCAUCAAAAUUGAGGCACGAUGAUAACAAUGAAGACGCAGCCAGCGUGUCCUAGUCACGUCGCACGAGCAAUAUUUUUAGAUCGUUUAAUAUACUGUAUCAGUAAUGCACCACCUCCUCAGCAGGCCUUUUCGCAUACUAGGCCUUUCGAAAUUAUGGAACUGAGGAAUACCCAUGCGGGGGAUUUUACAAAGAGCCAAUUUGACGCAUGAUUGCUUUCGAUGAUUUGCAAUGAAGAGACGCAGGGCGCUUAUAUAUUAAUAUAUAUAAGACGUUCGGCUAGAAACCAAGCUGUGUGUCCUAUACAUACAACUCAAAAUGUUGCGCAGGUGUUUUCAACGCAGUGAAAGAGUUCUAGCUUUAAGGCUUUUUCAAACUCGAUGUAUUCGCGGUUAUUCGGUACAUCUCGAAAGCAAAGUAACUCAGUCACCUAAUAACAUCUACAAGCAACGUAAAAUAAGCAAGCGACCUCUAGAUGGCCUCGAGUCCGUUUUUCACGAAUACCAUAAAACGGGCAUUGGUUUCUCGUAUCUUCUGACACCGAUAACAUCCAAAAUUCCACUUGAAGAAGAACCACUGUGCGAAGCCCUAACCAUGGUUUCAUACACGCAACCUUUGCUUCGUGCAACAAUAACCGAAACCCCAGAGUUCAAAUAUUUCGAGUGCAUGGAAGGACGUACCAGUUUCGGAUUUUCAAUCCUAGAUCGAGACAUCAACGAUAUGGAGGCAAUUACAGAAGAAAUAUUCGCAAACACGAAGUUCGACUCUGAUGAUGGGCCUCUUUGGAAAGCUGUGUUAAUCCCAGGAAAAUUUGACCCAAGCUCUAAGUCAUAUACCGGAGGACUGGCAUUAGCAAUAUCACACGCUAUUGCUAAUGCGCCCAGUUUAACAGUAGUGUUGAAACAAACUCUCGGCUGCCUUGAAAACAUUACCAACGGAACAGCACCAAAUUUAGAAGAUAUUCCGAGUUUACCACUAUAUCCAAGUUCUGCGACACUUCUAACCCAUAAACUUGAUCAACUCCCUACACCAACAAUCUACCAUCAACAUGCAGAUUACAUCAACCCAGUACUGUCACAGUUCCCUACCAUUGAAGACAAUCCCCAAAAAUCAGAACCCAAAACGAAAGUCCUCAUACGUACCAUACCACCCAACCAAGCUGUUUCCCUACUUCAAAAAUGCCGAAAAAACAACAGCACUGUCACUGGGGCUAUCCUUGCCGCCUGUCAUUUCUCCUUCAGUAGUCUUCUCAAGACUAAUCAAUUCUGCACUACCACUACAAAUGACGUUACCUGCCUUACUGCAGUCGGCAGAAAUCAUCGCCCUAGUCUGCCGGCCGACUACGUUGCCUGUCACUAUGGCUCGCUGACCUAUGAUAUCACACUACCCUCACCAAAUGAAGACUUUUGGAAAGUCGCACAAUCGCUAACUAAAUCUAUUCACGAUGAUAUAAGCCGUGAUACACACUUGGAAUUUUUAUCUAAAAUCGAACCAGACAGCAAAGGGUUUGUAAAACAAGUUCUGCACCAAGGUAGCCUCAAAUUGGAAUCCCGCCAAAAGUCAUCGCUGACUCUAUCCAAUGUUGGGCAAUUCUUCGCAGACAAUAGCCCCCAAAACCUAUUUCAUCCGCAGGGGUUAAUUGUGGGUACACCAAUUCAUAAACGAUUCGGAACUUUUGGGAAUUACAUUAUGGGUUUGAACGGCGCAAUACAUUAUAUGUUUUGCUACGAUGGUAGUAUCAUUUCCUCAGAAAUCGCUCAGAGAUAUUCAGACGGUGUCUGGGACUUAUUAGAACUUUCACUUUCUGAUAUAGAUGCAUGAACAAUUGAACUCUUAGACGAAAAUGCUAUCUUCAUAGAAAUUGUUUCCUUAUUCGUUCAGGCAGUAAUUUUUCUUCCUGAUUUUAUCCACGCAUGUAAGAAUAUAAUCACAUUCCUAAGUCGAGUCCAAAUUUCACGAGGAAUUUCGAAGACUCGGAGUAAUUUCUAUUUGAUAAGAAAAGAUUUAAGACUAUAUAAUAUAGAAACGAUACCAAAAACUUCAGUCUUUCGAUUUUUGAUUAUAUAACUUUGGAUGGUUUAGGUUUUUCGCAUUCUCUACUCAAGUCGAUCAUUUCUAAGAAGACACCGUUUGAGAAUUUAGGUCUGUAUUGGUUCAAAGAAAAUACUUACAACACAAGGAGCCAAUUCGAAGUUAUAUUAAUAUGGAUAAUUAUAUACAGGUAAUUCAAAAAACGUUGUCCUUCAAAAAUCGUAAACUUUAAACAUUGAGCGCGCAAGGGAUGAUGGGUAACUCCCUAUUUGGCGCGUGGAAAUUUGCUUUGCAACAAUGCAGGACAUAUGACGCACACUUUCUGUGUAGGGCUCCGGCUGUUUGGUUAACUAAACUAAUGCCGAAUCUGAGGCUCCAAAUGAGCAAUACCCAUCAUACCUUGCGCGCUCAAUGUUUAAGGUUUAAGAUUUUUUGAAGGACAACCUUUUUUGAAUUGACUGUAUAAUGAUUGUAACCUUGGUAACCGAAACCUGUAUAUGCUUUUACAUUUGCUCUAUUAUCAGGAAUAUAGACUUAAUUAACGAUUCUGUCAUGUCAUGCCAUGUAUGUGAAACAUAUACACGAAUCAUGCAGGCUGUGUGAUGAUUUUCGAUGUUUUAGAAUGAAGAUGCAGCCAGCGUGUCCUAGUCACGUUUCACGAGCAAUGUAUCAGCAGUGAAUCAAUUUUCACAAAGGCGUAGUUUGAAGUUAUGUAUAUAAUGCAAUGAUUGUGAUAUCCCGUCGGGAUAUUUUUACUGUGAGGUCAAAGCACACACUGAUGUGGGUAAAUCAAAGAAUUAUAAAAUGUAACUUUCGUAUUUGCUAAAUGAAAAUUGCACGUUUGAUUUCAUAUUUCUCGCAAGCGUUUUGUACAGCUUAACUGCACACAGUUUUUUGUACAACUUAACCAUGUAAAUAAUAAUAUUUUUUAUACUCAUUUAAAUAUAUUUUGUAUAAUUACAUUCAAUUUUAUGAGGACUGUCUUUACUACAGUUUGCUAUACUCGCUUUCCUCUGUGUUAAUUACUCGUUGGGGCACCUGUGCCCAGGCGAGUAUAGAUUAAUUCGGCAUAGAAUAAAGAUCCAUAUAGAAAGGCCACUUACGUCGGAAGCUUUGAAGUUUCUUUCCUCGCGCAUGUCGCAUUACGCAUGUUGGCCACCAUUUUCCUAGCCAGUCAAUGACAUUUUCUGGCCAAUAAACACGAUGUACUGGCUGGCUGCUCCGCUUUCUGGCCAGUAAACUACAUAUUUUUGCAUAAAAAAGGAGGGCAUGUUGCACCGCUGAGUGGCCCUUCUGUUACUGAUCUCUAUUCUGUGGUUUCGGCAUGCAUUUGUCACGGAUAGUGGAUCUCCAAUCGUCGAUAGCCACAAAAUAGAAUAUUAAUGAGCUGCCUAAUUUUCUUCCUAAUUAUCCAUAAGGCUCCUGUCAAUUUUACCCAAAUUAUCCAUAAAUAACCCUGCAUUUUGAGGAGAAUUCGGGAAAAUUGAACAAUCCUACAACGAAUUUCGACAUGGAAACAGCAACCUUCGCAAAUCGCAACUUACGUUUGGCUGCGCUGCUUUAUAUUUUGAGAAGAAAGUGACACCGUUCGAUUCAGCGUAAGAAAUUGUAUUCACGGAUAUCAAGUGUAUUACUAAACACCAGUAUUCUAGGGAUUUACGGCCUUUGAAAAUCAAGCGAAAUUGUAUUGUUGACAAAUCGCUCGCAGUACGUAUUGUUGACAAAUCACUCGCACUACGUUUGUCCUUGUAUUUGUAAUGCCUGAUGGCGCAAUAAGGAUAAAAAUACCACCGUUCGAUUCAGCGUUAGAAAUUGUACUAAUUAUGGAUGUCAAAUGUAUUACUAAACAGUAUUCUAGCGAUUUAUGGCCUUUGUCUUUGAAAGCCAAGCGAAAUUGUAUUGUUGACAAAUCGCUCAAAAUUAUUAAACUAAUUAUAAAAAAAUGCAGUACGUUUGAUCCUUGAUAACUUUGGUAUCAUUGGUUUUCUCUUUUUCGGCCGUAUAUACCAGUGGAUUCGUCUCACUUCUCUCUUUAUUUUGAUAGUAUUUUGAGCCCAAAAACCCCAAAAUAUUUUAUUUCGAACGUUUUAAUUUUUAAAACGCAGUUUAAUCCUAGCGUACGGACCAACUGGCGGCUGACAGUAUUGAAGAAUGUAGCGUACUACACGUAUAAAAUAUAACUUUACUUGUAGGGCCUACCGCAUUUUAGUACUGUGUUAAUCCUUUCGCGCUCGUAUUCGACUUUUCCGCUUAGGGGAAAACCUUAAAUCUUAAUUGGGAGAUCGGACGAUUUUACCUGAAAUUUGAACUUCAAUGUUACAAAUUUACUUGAAGUGUAAUAAUUAUAAUAGAGCUUUUUCUGAUUUAUUUCCACUGUCAUACUAAGAUUCCGAGGAAAAAGGGGGUCUGGAGGUCCUCCCCCAGAAAAUUAUUUUACAUUUUUUAAGCUCCAGGACAGCAUUUCUGGCGUUUUUUAAAGCAAAUUUGUAAACGAAUUGGAUCUAAAUUGACUGUAUUUUACAAAAAUGUUAUCAUUUCACAAAACUGACAAGUUCAUUAUGCAAAUUUUACCUGAAAAUAUCAAAUUUUAAACUUGAAUUUUACCUGAGUUUCACAGUUGGGGGUUACCCCCCCCCCCCCCCCCCCAGUCUCUAUGUCCCUACUGAUCAGAUAUUAUUUGCAUCUGGACCAAAUAUCCAAAAAUAAAUAGGUUCGAUUCCUGCCAGGGACCUAUAGUUGCAUUUUUCGCAGUUAUUCCUGGUUUAUCUAAUAGGUGUAACAAUUCAAGACACUUCAUAUACAACACGCUGGCUGCGUGUUGGUUGUUAUCAUCGCGCGUCAAUUUUAAUGGAAUGUGUGAUUCUGUAGUAAAGACAAUCCUCAUAAAAUUAAAUAUAAUUAUAUAAAAUACAUUUAAAUGAGUAGUACGAAAAAUGUCAACAUUAAUUUACAUGGUUAAGUUGCACAAAAUCGACUGUGUGCAGUUAUAAAGCUGUACAAAAAGCUUGCGAGAAAUAUGAAAUUAUGCAUAUUAAUAACUUCGAAUUGGCUCUUUGUGUUGUAAGUAAUUUCAUUGAACUAAACACUGUCUUCUUAGAAAUCAUCUUGACUUGAGCAGAGAAUACGAAAAACCCUAUCCAAAUUUAUAGCCAUCUCAAAAUAAUAAUUAAUUCCAGUUCUAAGUAGUUUUAAGUGAUUCAGUAUACACAGAGAUGUCUCAUUAAUUUUAAGCUAUAUAGUCCGGUCAAUCUGUGACCAGAGGUCAAAGAAAUUGCAAUAGAAUUUUUUUCACUGGUAAAAUGUGAGGAAAGGUGUCCUGAUUAACAUACUAAAAAUCCCAAAAAAAUCCCUUCGGUGGAACAUGGUGAAAAUUGAGUUUUUCUUACUUCUACCUAUAGAAAACCAUUGUGGGCAGAAUGUUCAAAUUUUGAAAUCAUUUUUAGGCAAAUGUAACCUACAUUAUUGGAAAGCUUAAACAAAACUAUAUAAAGGUCAAUUAAACCGUUAUAUUCAAUUUACUGGUCAGUUUGUCGUUAUUCUAGCUCAAAGUUGGAAAAAUAGCGCAAAAUUUGCACAAAAUACAAAUUUAUGGCAUUUUAAAUCUUGUAUAACUUCGGCAUGAUAGGCAAAAGCAAGAUAACCGUUUAAUGAUCUAUAUUUUAGUUUUUUCUAAGCUUUCGAAUAAUGUAGGUUACAUUUGCCUAAAAAUGAUUUCAAAAUUCCAACAUUCUGUCCACAAUGGUUUUCUAUAGGUAGAAGUAAGAAAAACUCGAUUUUCACCAUGUUCCACCGAAGGGAUUUUUGGGGAUUUUUAGUAUGUUAAUCAGAACAACUUUUCUCACACUUUACCACUGAAAACAAAUCUAUUGCGAUUACUUUGAUCAGGACCAUGUACUUAUAGUGAUUUGACUGGACUAAUAGCUAACCAAACUGGCUAGAGCCUAUAGAAGCUAACAAACACACUAACACAGUUACUCACAUCGUACUAUUAUAUCUGCUGGCCCAGACAUAAAAACGGUCUUGAAUCAAAUGCUAUUAACACAGAGGAAAGCGAGUAUAGCAAACUGUAGUAAAGACAAUAUCAUAAAAUUGAAUAUAAUUAUACAAAAUAUAUUUAAAUGAGUAUGAAAAAUAUUAAUAUUUAAAUGAUUAAGGUAUACAAAAGACUGCAUGUGUGCAGUUAUGCUGUACAAAAAGCUUGCGAGCAAUAUGAAACUGAUCAAACGUUCCAAUUUUCAGUUUGCAAAUAUGAAAGUACUAUAGUUACGGUGUAUAAUUCCUUGGAUUUACCCACAUCAGUAUGUGCUUUGACGUCGCAGUAAAAAUAUCACAGUAAAAAUAUCCCGAUGAGAUAUCACAAUCUAGCCUCCUCUGCAGGCAACUCUAGUUCAGCAACGUUAAAUUAUGUUAUCAAAAAUGUUAAUUCAUAUCAAUAACUAUAAACGAUUUAUGCGGAAUGUAGGAAAUGCAAGGAAAUACCAUAAUGUGAUAUGAUAAUAAACAAGAAGCGUAAAUUAAACUAGUUGAUGAGAGGGAAUAUGAGGGAUAUGCAUGGUUUUCUUUGUACUUCCCACGUUCCUGAUAAAUAGUCGUUUAUAGUUAUUGGUAUAUUUUUGUAUGAGAACAUAAUUUAACGUUGCUGAACUACAGAGUUGCCCUUGCGGUGGACGCUAAUAACAAUCAUUGUGUUAUAGCUACAUCUAAAAAUAUUGCUCGUGAGACGUGACUAGGACACGCUGGCUGCAUCUUCAUUCUACAGGGUUCGUAGCGGUCUUUGAAAUCCUUGAAAGUCUUUAAAUUGGAAUGCAGGUCUUUGAGGUCUUUGAAAAGUCUUUAAAUUGUGUGAAAAAGCGAAGAAAGUCUUUAAAAGUCUUUAAAUUCUUUAGUGAGGAAUUGAUUAUACGAUUUCCUAACUAAUAAAAUAGAUUGAUUGAAUCAAGAUUUUCGCAAAUAUCGACGAAAAUGCGCAUUUUAGGAUGUGAUUUCACGGGACUAAUUACUGGGUGAAAAUGGUGCUUACACUCGCAAUUUUUCGACAGCUGAUUGCUUUCAAAGGCCUUUGAAAAGUCUUUGAAAAUAGGCAGAAAAAAUCUUUGAAAGUCUUUGAAUUUUUUGGGUCUUGGAGACUACGAACCCUGUUCUAAUCAUCGAAAAUCAUCGACAGCCUGCAUGAUUCACGUGUAUGUUUCGCAUACAUGGCAUGUGUGUACAUGGCAUGACAGAAUUGUUAAGUCUCUAUUAUAUUCAUAACAAAGCGUAUAUUUAAAAGGUACACGAGGCAUGUAUUCAUGCAUCUAUAUUCAUAGAUACAGGCAGAGAAUAAACCUCCAGGGUACUGGCGGUUAUAACGUGCAAAUGUAUGAUUUAUUAUAUAUCUCGGAUUUGUUGUUUAUUAAACUGACAAAUGAUUUCAAUGAAUAUUUUAUGAACUUUGACUUUGUUUCUUUCGAAUUAAUGAAACAUUUGGUCAGCUAUGAUCACGUAUCAACUAAAUAUCGCAUGAAAAUUACGUUCAAAAUGUGGUUGGGGCGUUACUAGCAAGAUUAUUCCCCCCCCAGUAUUGUGUACCAUCAGUUUUUUUGAGAAAUGCCGAAUCGAAUUUCGAUUCUCUGCUAAAGCUUUUAACAAAGAACUUUUUACUUCUUCGGAUAAAGACGAAGCAAUAUACCCUUCCACAGCAGCAGUGAUAACAAAGAAACAAAUAAGUUUGAAACGUUUUAACAUUAAAAUAUUUCUGUAAAAGCCGAAAAAUGAGAAUGACACCAAGCAUGCAUGCCUAUCGAAAAAGAACGAAAACGUAACUACCCCCCGGCCCCCAGCUAUAUGAGUUCCAGCCAAAAGCUUGUGGUGUAAUACAAAAAUAUGAAUGAAAAAAUCUAUAAAAUGAGCUAUGAAUAAAUCUAUAAAAGCCUACCAUGCAUGCAGUCACCGGGACAUGAAAUCCAUCCAUUUAUCUGCUCAUUAUCAAUGAAAACCUACCUUAUUAUAUUUAAGACGACGCUUAUUGAGUGUAUCCACACCGGCCAAGCUAAAACGUUUGCUUGACCGCGAACCCGUGACCUUUGGUUUGCUAGUCCAAUGCUCUACAAUGUAAUUUGAAUCACAAUAAGGUGUCCUCUCUUUCAUUAUGUGAAAUCACAUGAUUUUAAUGAAUUGAGAAGCUACCUUAUUUUAAUGAAUUAAAAUAUAACAUGUAAUUUAUUUUUAAGCGUGGCUGUGGCCUUAUGCUGAAACUGUAAGGAAAUGUGGAAGGAGUUGGUCCUCGGCUGUUCGUCUCAUGGAAAAAUAUCCUGAAUUUACCUUCACUUGUUCACAGGUAAUCAUCACGCUAAGUUACUGUUGCAUGUUUAUCUAUAUUUGUAACCUUUAGUACCGCGUUUUGAAAUCAUGUUAAAAAACCCCACCUCUUAGGCGUCUCUUAGGAUUGGACACUUGUUGGGGUGGGAGGAGGGAAUAUUUCCUGUUAAAUCGGCAUCAAUAUACUAGUGCCCAACAUCCCCAGCCACUGCAGGCCUGCAAAAGCCUGCUGUUUUAUGGCAUGUUGUCUUUUUUAUAUUCAACCAGGCUCAACAAUUUGAAUGGGUGAAAAAUCAUUAUCCUUACUUGUAUGAAGAUAUCAAGAAAUUUGUUAAGCGAGGAAACUUUUUACCAGUUGGUGGAACAUGGGUGGAAAUGGUAUAUGAUCUUUUAUAUGCAUGUAUAUAUAUCCUUGGUUUUUUCAAUAUCUAAUAUAUAAUAUCUACGCGUUCUGGGUUUUUAGGAAUAAGACAAUUGCAUGUGUUGUUCCCUUACUAGUUCUGCAUGAUUGGUAAAUUUAUCGUAUCCUGUAUAUAGGACGGGAAUAUUCCUGGAGGCGAAUCAUUUGUUCGACAAUUUUUAUUUGGUCAGUCAUUUUUCAAGAAUGAAUUUGGUUCUUUUUGUCAAGAGGUAGUGUAUAUUUUGAACUUGGAUACCUUUUUUGUAGUCGGUUCAAUUGCGUCAAGCUUUCUCUGUUACUCUUCAUAGUUUUGGUUGCCUGAUACGUUUGGUUAUUCAGCCCAGUUACCGCAGAUCAUGGUUGGAGCUGGAAUUAAAUAUUUUGUAACACAAAAAUUGAGUUGGAGUUUGAUAAACAAAUUUCCGGUAAGUUUAAUUUUUUAAAAAUACAUAAUAUUUGGAGAAAUGCAUGAAGAUGAUGAUUGAGAGAACCUCAUAGAUAAGCGCGACAACAAUUGCUAACAACGAGGUUGGGAUGGUAUCAAGUCACAGCAUAUACUCUAUCUGUGAAUCAUAUUAUGUGCAUGAUGUUGCACCUCAUUCAUAUAUUAUACUAGAAAAUACAUGCAUGCAGAAACUCUCGCCUUGCUGAAUUCCAAACAUAUGAAGUAUUGUCAUAGUAACACGAUAAUUUUAAGAAUAGUUCUAAAAUUGAAAAAAAAAUUUCCGGACGAGUAGGUUGCACACACUUUGCAGGGACUUUAUCUCAUUUUUCUAUACCUAAUUUUGGUACUUAGCCCAAUAAAACAGAUAUGUUGUCCUUUACGCGGAAAUAUUUAACACAGAAAAAAGACUGGGGCCUAACAAAAAUUUUUCGGGGGCCCCCAGCACCUCGGGGCCCGGGGCAAUUUGCCCCCCCCCUGCCAACCCCCCCCCCCCUCUCGGCGGCUCUGGUUAUUAUACGUAAUAUAAGCUUCAAUUUAAUGUGAAAUUCAACCACAAACGCUUCGCAAAACGUUUUAAAAUGUUCUUAAAACUAAAAGCAAACAAUACAUCAAAUUAAAAACAAACUUACUUCAAUAACGCCGGCGACUUUGCUCCAUUCUUUUAGACGUUUUCGGACGGUUUUUGGCUCUCAAAAAGGUUUUGAAAUUUGCAAAAUCUUGCAAAAACCGAAGCAAAGACACAAUAUAUUUGCUGAUUUCCAAGAAAUGUUUGUUAUUUGCUGUCGUUAUUUGUCAUACAACAACAAAUUUUAAAUUUGACCAAUCAGUGUUCGCUAUUCACGACAGUUCGCCACAUAUUUUGAGAUCAGUGAGGAUGACCACCCACUCAACAUUGUUGGUCACCCACGCCCGCGAUCAUUGAUGAACUUUAGACUUCGCUAAUGCUUUCGUUUCUCCGGGUGUAAAUAGCCGGGCGGAAUUAGUACCCUCGCCCCGGGCUUACCCCCGGAACGGCGCUCCGCGCCGUUGGCUCGGGGAUUAUAAUAUAUUAGUAAAUAAUAUUAGUAAAUUCAUUAUAAUAUUAUAUUAAGGACAUAUGCUGCAUUUUGUUCUAGCACAACUCCUUUGUAUGGGAAGGCAUUGAUGGGUCAAGGUAUGAGUUAUUUUGAGAUGAUGCAGAUCUUUGAUACGGCCGUUGAAAGGACCGAAUCAUGCACUUCAUGCAAGAAAUAUCGUACACCUCCAAGAAAAUCCAUUAAAAUUCCCGAAAAUCCCUAAACAAUCCGUUUAUGAAACACCUAAAAAUCUCUAGAAAUGCCCCAAAGCUGGAUAAAUCUAGGAUUUGGGGUCACAGUUGAUGUCUACAGUUAUAUUUAAUAAUUUUGUUUGACAAUGACUUAAAAAUAAAGUCCGAAAUAUUACCUCAAAUUUUUUUUUUUAAAUUUCAAGUUGCCAACACAUGAAUGUUUUAUAAUUUUGUGUGUAGGAGUAGAUGAAAUUCAUGGUAUUUACUUAUGCGGCAAAAUUACCCUUUUUAAGGCCUUUGUAUACUUCAUGACGUAGACACAAAAGAAAGCUAAUUGUAGACAUUCACUAUGAUAAGAUUGAUUUCGUGUUGAGAUUGGAACGUUGUUUAAAUUUUUCGUUCCAAAGUUCCUCCCCUAUCUUGGUUUCCUUGGAAAUUUCAUGUUUUGGCCGUGUGUUUACUACUUUACUUUUUACAGAUGCCUUGCUCAUUUCCCGCCUGCUGAUACGUAUGAAUCUAUGGCAGAUGUCGAUGACGUAAGUUUGAGGUUGAAAAAUUAUCUGAAAAAGAUAAAUAAGCUCGUCAUUAUAAUGUAUCUCUUUAGUACAAGUUGUACAGUAUAA